AAAUUGUUGUGAGUGGGAGUGGGAAGCACAGUAGAGCCUCCAAAAUAAUUGCUGAACCGGUGUGAUUUGUAAAAGUUAAAAGCCAGCUUAGACAACACAUUGCAACCUUGAACGAUUAACGAAAGUUGUGUAUUGGAAGAAACAUUAAUAUGUUUGCAAGAAAAUUAAAUCUUGCGUUUUCAGAUGAAUCCAUGAUGAUUUCUGAUGAAAUAUUAUUAAAUAUAAAACCUCACGUUAUUACCAAAGCGGACCGAUGUGACUUUCCAGAAUUUUCUAAGCCAGUGGUUCACGGGGGCUUCAGCUUAUCGCCAUAUGGAAUAUUUGAGAACAAUGCAAAUCGCUUGCGCUACGUAGUCGUUCCAAAAAUGAACAAAUUCCAAGUGCACCUGGGGGACUCUGAGCCGAGUCCUCCGCGAAGUUUACUCUUAUCGCAGCCAGGCUUGGACAACAUACUAUUGUACAUGGAGAGCACUGGGACAUCCCAUCUAAGUGCCAAACUGGAGGUGGAAGUCAGUUACGACAUUGUGUGCACCACCGAAGUUCUUGAACUAAUCUUGAGGACUCCCUACGAAAUGAAGGAGAACUGGACCCUCGCCGUGACCAAGUAUCGAAACACGAUUUACAUCAGCCCCGUGGUUCUUGAGGAUCUAAAAACUUCUCCCAUGAAGGAACUGAAUGCUGAUUGGCUCGCAAAGCUUCGUAGGCACUUCCUAUCCGAGAAUGCAAAUGCAAUGCCGAAACCAUGCGACCCAAUGGAACCGACUGGACAAUACAACGGAGUGUUUUACUUCAGCAUAAAUGCCACACGUUUUAUUUUCGAUUCACCAGUUCUGGCCGAAGGUUUUAGGACAGGAAGUGACGGGAAUUCAAAUUAUGUCUUUACGGAGCUGCAGUUUCGCCUAGACAGUAUGAGCGUGGAUGAAUGGGCUACGCACAACCGUUGCGACGCCCUCAAGUGGGGGUCCAAGUGCGUUCUGGUGGGCAUCGAAAACAUUUACGUUGCUAAUGUUAACCGCGACACCAUCGCGCACACCAUUAACAAGCUAUCUGUGCGCCAACUUUGGAAGGACUGCGAAAAAGCCUGGUCACCGAAUGUCUGUGUCAAUUUCCUGCUGCGGCUGGUGGACCAGAUUCGCGGCUUUAUGUCGGUAGUCGACUGCCCCAAGACCGUGUAUCUGAUGAAGUUUGAUGCUAGCCAGGGGGAGAUCUCGUAACCUUCGUAUCUUGGCAGGAACCAGUAUACCUUCAUUCCCGAUUGGUUUCGCAUCAUGUUGGACGAGCGCAUGGAGGACCUAACCCACACAACACUUCAUAAGAAUUAAAGAAAAUAAUUUUUCAUUUCAUUGUUGAGUAGAUAAAUUAAGUUUUAAGUUUAUUGUGACAUCUUCAUGGGGUUGGGUUUGUGUUCAUCUGCGUUAUCAUCAUCACUACUAUAUAUAAUUUAAUACAAUUUUUGUCCCAUCAAGACUUUGAAGAGAA